CGCGUUAUUCAACAGUUCGUCAAUGAGCAACUGGAAUGAUAGUGUAAACACGCGAAAAUGGCAAGGGAUGGAUUUGAAGUGGCGGUGAACGGAAUUAAUAACAAUUAUAAACAUUCAAAUGGAAAAUCCAACGGCAUAUCCGCAUAUUCGAACGGACACAAAGUAAAUGGAACCCAAAGUAAAGUGCAGUCUACAAAAAGUACACCUACAUUCAAAGAACAUUUUGAACAGACCCCACUUGGUGUUGCAAUAUGGACAUACUUAGGAUAUGCUAUUUUAGUUGUGAUCGGACAAAUUAGAGAUUUCCUUCGAAGUAUUGGAAUAGAAAAAAUCAAGUCAUGCACAGAACCCAAGUUACCAGGUUUUGUGCCUCUUUUCCAAAGUUGGGAAAGUUUCUACACCAGGAACUUGUACAGAAGGAUCCGAGACUGUUGGAACCGUCCAAUAGGAAGUGUGGCGGGGGCAGAGAUGGACAUUCUGGAGAGAGUUAGCCAUGACCAUGGUUGGAACUUUGAAUUGACUGGCAAAAAACAGAGGGUGUUGAACCUUGGGUCAUACAACUACCUGGGGUUUUCGCAGAAUGAGGGUCCGUGUGCAGAUGCGGUGGAGGACAUCGUCAAUAAAUACGGGGUCGGAACGUGUGCCAGUCGGCAGGAAAUGGGUUACCUUGACCUUCACAGAAAUCUUGACAUCUUAGUUGCCGAGUACCUAGGAGUGGAAGACGCCAUCACCGUUCCUAUGGGAUUUGCGACCAAUUCUAUGAACAUGCCACUCCUUGUUGGCAAAGGUUGUUUAAUUUUGAGUGAUGAAUUGAAUCACGCUUCACUGAUCUUGGGUUCGCGAUUGUCAGGAGCCAGCAUUAGAACAUUCAAACAUAAUGAUAUGGAAGAUUUAGAGGAAAAGCUACGUUUUGCUGUUGCUGAGGGAAUGCCAAGGACACAUAGGCCCUGGAAGAAGAUCCUUAUUGUAGUAGAGGGCAUUUAUAGUAUGGAGGGUUCCAUUGUACGACUUCCAGACAUCAUUCAGCUCAAAAAGAAAUACAAAGCAUACAUCUAUCUGGAUGAGGCACAUAGCAUAGGUGCUCUGGGACCUCAUGGGAAGGGCGUGGUUGAUUAUUUUGGACUGAAUCCAAAGGAUAUUGAUGUCAUGAUGGGGACCUUCACUAAAAGUUUUGGUGCUGUUGGUGGAUAUUUGGGAGGCUCUAAGAAUUUGGUAAACCACCUACGAGUGUCCUCCCAUUCAGCCAUUUACUCCGGUUCCAUGCCACCCUGUGUAAUUCAGCAGGUGAUCUCCUCCAUGAAAAUCAUGCUGGGAAAAGAUGGAACCAACGAAGGAAAGCAGAGGAUAGACACUCUGGCCUGGAAUACAACCUACUUCAGACAGAGACUAGUGGAGAUGGGCUUCAUUGUGUAUGGAAACGAACACUCCCCUGUUGUUCCAAUAUUGCUUUUUAUGCCAGGGAAAAUCAGUUGCCUUAGCAGAGAGUGUUUGAAGAGGGGACUGGGAAUUGUUGUUGUGGGUUUUCCUGCUACCCCUAUCAUAGAGUCCCGUGCCAGGUUCUGUCUCUCAGCCGCUCACACCAAGGAAAUGCUGGACAAAGCUUUAGAUAUUCUGGAUGAAGUUGGAGAUUUGUUGAAAUUAAAGUAUUCGAGAUUAAAAAGACAGCCAGCUUUAGCUGAAAGUGACAACAAAGAACUCAAAAAUGGCACAAGAAACUCAAGUGAGUAGUAAAUUUAAGGAUGACCAAUGGCUUCAGAAAAGAAUUAAGGGUUGUUCCACUUGGACUUUAGUCACUUCGAUCUCCCUUACCAAUGUGUUGUCUUCACACUUCACAGUAUUAUGACAUCUUUUCCUGCCAGCUAGUGCAAAAAUAUAUCAAGAGUGGCACAGGAAGAGAGAGAGAGCCAACAUUACCAAAUUAAAAAAGGGUAUCAUUUAAUGAGUUCACCAGAUAAUUCAUCAUUUGGUGCAACUGUAUUUAGACAUUAGUGGAAUUGAUUAUUUACAGGUCACUUUCCUCACAGAAACUACUGGACUGUCAAUUCUUUACUGUAAAAAUUCAUAGUAUAUAGAGCUAUCUUCGGCACUAUACGACUGCUAGUUCUUUUCCUAGAUGCAAAUAUCAAUUUUUGACAUACAUGUAUUAGUCAUAGUUUAGCACUGAUGUUAAUAAUUUUAAGACAUCCUUUAUUUACAAGACGGUUUUGUUUCCACUAGACAUUUUACACUUGUUAGAUUGUGUAUCACAACAAUUACAUGCAGAUUAACCAUGUAUAUUGACUGUUAUUUUUAUUCACGGUUGUGCUGUGUUAACUAUAUGCAUGAAAACUAUUACAUACAUGUAUCAUCAAAUGCAGAUCAUUCCUUCAUUAUAUGAUUAUAUGACAUAUUUUUUUAUUUUUUGGAUGUACGCUCACAUAUCAAUGUAUAUUAUCCUCAUGGAACUGGGUUAUUCAUAUACAUAUGAACUGCAGUUGCUUUGAGUGCUCUACUUAUACCACACUGAUGCCACAAGAUUAUUGCUGGGUUUAUUGUCAUUUUUUUCAUAAAUCUUUCAAGUGAUAUUUUUGAUAGGUAGAACUAAGUACAGUAGAUAUUAUCAAUGUCAAACUGUAUACUGCAUUUUUGCAGGCAUGUAAUAUAUAAAAAAAAUUUCAAUGUAAACAUAGUCAGGUAUUGUCACAUGAUGCUGGUCAUGUUUUUGUAUUUUUUUAUAGGUGUCAAUGAAUAUCAUAUCUUUCAUUUUAUUUAUUAUCAUUAACCAUAGAAAUUUCAUUUCAAUAGAGAUAAAGAUCAAGGAUCUCUCUUUCCAUUUGUUUUCAUCCGACCAUACAUUAAUACAACAUUGCAGUUGUGUAACUGGUACUUUAUUAAUUUACUUCCAACUUUGAUUAAGCUUUUAAAACAUGACUUCUUUUGCUCAACUAAAAACAUUGCCCCAUUUAUAUGUUGUUUCAGUCGUAUUUACUGCUACAUGUGUGCUGAACAAAUUUUUUUAUGUUCUUUUUCUAGGUUUUUUUUUUUUGUGAAAUGCAUUUAUUAAUAUGCUUAGUCUAUAUAAAAGCACUGAAUUGUACAAGGUUUGAGGACUUUAUGUAAUAGACAAGCCUGUACUUUCUUUUGCCACUAGGAAUACAUAUAAGACUUUGGUGUGCUCAUCUGUUUCAAGGAAUGUUCAAAAUAGAACUUAUUUCAUAUUAUAGAAUUAGGCUAAUGCAUUUAUUACUUAGGUUUAGGGAAUUUCUGACAUUGGUUGAAAUACAGAAUUUUAUUUCAUAAUAUUCUAAGACUUUCUUAUUGAUAUUCUAUGUACAAUUCUUUUGCUACCGUAUUCCUAUCUGCAUUGCUAUUUAUCUACCGGUACUAUUCUCUCUUUAAGUUAUUUUCAGUUUGGGUCAUUUCUUCUGUUUGUGUUUUAAUUUUAUAUUUAUUUUAAUUUUAUAUGCAAGAUUGUUAAGGUUAUGCAAAAAUUAACCCAUUUGCAACAGUUUAAAUUUAAGCUAUGUUCUACAACUAUAUUCCUGAUUGCUUUAAGUAUAAUUAAACUGUUCAAGGCAAUUUAAUUCCAAUUUGAUACGUCGGAGAAACCUUAUUUUUUGGUAUUGUUAAAAUUAUCAAUCGUUUUCCAAACAAUUUGCAUUCAAAUUCAGACAUUCUUCUUACUCAGUUCUAAAGCAAUACUGAAUGAUGCUCAGAAUAUUUCUUCUCUAUCCCAGUUAUGUGUUUUCCAAUGUGAACCCCUUGAAGACAUUAUCCCCCUAAGGCCCUAACACCAUCAUGUCAUCUAGAGUCACCAUUGGACCUGUAUGAAUUCCAUAUCCCUUCGUUUCAAUAAUAUUUAUUUUUUUGUUUAAGCAUAGAAUUAUGUAAGGUUCCAAAUAGGAAAUUUUUUGUUUUGUUUAUACCAAUAUAUGUGCCAUUUUGAUACACAUAUUUUACUUACUGCUACAUUUAUUGGAUGACAUUAAGCAAAUGUAUUUAUUUUUUACAUUUAUAAAUUUGUGUGCAUAUGUGUGAGUGAAUUUGCUUUCUUUUGUAUAUAUAUAUAUUCUCUUUUGAGUAUAAUUUAUUAAAUUUCUUGUUAAUAUGUAAUGUACAUGUAUAUCUUUCCCAUAUUCCAUUUAUAGUUUGUCACGAGUUUAUUCAAAAUUGCCUGAAUGAAACUUUUAUGGAUUAUGCAACUUGUCAAUGAGUCUCACGCGUGUCAACAAUAAAUGUAUGUCACAAGAGAAGAGACAGGUCGAGAGGGAAACUUUUUUUGUUUAUUUGACAAUGCACAAACAUGCAAAUUAUUCUUAUAAAACUAUGUGAUCUACAAUUUAUUAUGAGAGCCAAAAACGGCUGAAACAUGUUGAAAUCCUAUUUUUGUUUUUUGACAGAUAAAUAAAAAUUUAUUAAAUCA